UGAUUUUUCUAGCAUUCGAUCCCUGGUUGUGGAAUAUAUAUGGAGGCUAAUUUGUAAAUAAUAUCGGAGAAAUCAGCUAUAUGUAUAAUGUUUAGGAAAUGUGUUUUUUUUAUACCUGAUAUUUCAGAAUUUCAUUUGCGAACAUUAUUAGUUUGUUUUGUAUUUUUUCAUUCGAUUUCAAAACGACUGGUUUUCAGAAUAGUGGGAUUUUUUCUCAUGGGCUGCAUCUUUCUUAGACUUAGGUCCUUGAUUGUAGCCAGGUUUAUAAAUUACCUGCCCAUCUACCUUAAGCUAUAGCAUAGCGAGGGCGAACCAGGCAGGGCCCUACACAUGUAUAAUUUAUUAAAUAAAUUUAUCAUCGAGGUAACCGCAGGUAAGUGAUGCUACCAUAGUAACAGAUUCGUGGCAACAGAUGAAGAUUUCAGAAUUCGAGAAGUCGCUGUUACAUGUAUUUAUCAAGGGUUACCUGGGUAGCUAUAAUGACCUAGAUAUAGCUCAAGCUUAUACAUAUCGAUUUGUGUACUCAUUGAAAAUCUUAUCAACACUGUAUAACCUAAUACGCAAGUUCCAAGAUAUCAGCUCUUCUGUGAUGGAGCUAACGUCAGCCAUCGAAGUGUACAGGAGACUGGUUUCUCACCCAGAACCAGUGGUAGCUUGGUUCUCUUAUAAUGGCAUCCAGAACCAGAUAGCUGUCAACUCUAUAUGGAAUCAGAGUGACCUUGACAGAUUGGAGAAGGUGAAGUUCACCAAGAGUUAUGUUGUCACUGAGAACAGUCCUGCCAAAUUUGAAGUAAUUCACAGAAAGAUUUCAACAACGGAUAAUGAUGUAAUGUACAAUGAGGAAGCACCCUCUGGAAAGUUCAAUGCGAUCAUUAGAAAAUUUACACCCAAGAAAGGAGGGGAAGAGAAACAGUUCAUUGAGAUUUGGAAUCAUUGUAAAAAGAUCAAGCAGUUUGAUGUCUUGGGCAAAGAAAAACAUGGGAAGAUCUGCACUAAGGAUGGUCAGUUUGGGAGUCUGCAUUGGUCUAAAGAUGAGACAAAGCUGUUAUACGUAGCAGAGAGGAAGCCACCCAAGAUGGUGUCAUUCUUUGAUACCAAAGCAGGAGAGAAAACUGAUGGAGAACCCCCGGUCAGGGGUCACGAGCAUGACUUCAAGCAGGACUGGGGAGAACAGCUGAUAAGUAAACACAAUCUGGCGUUAAAUGUCCUGGACCUAGAGAGUGGGGAUAUAAACACGCUGGACACCAUUCCCAGUGAUCUCUCUGUUGGACAGGCCAUCUGGACUCCAAAGGAUGAAUUGGUGUUUGUGGGUUGGAAGCAAGAACCAUACCGGCUGGGACUGACCUACUGUCCAAUCAGAAAGUCAGCAAUUUACCUUUUGGACUUGAAAACAUCAACCAUCAAGCAACUCAGUGAAGAAAACAGAGCAAGCUGGCUGCCAAGAUUGAGUCCAGAUGGAUCAAAGUUGAUUUACUUAGACAACGCUAUUGGGGGCCCACACUACCAAUGUUCUAGACUGAUGAUGUGUGACAUGAAGACGGGAAAACUAACUGUUCUGGUGGAUAUUGUGAAAGAUCCCAAAGGGGAUGACUGUCCUGGUGUGUACUCUAUGUCGCUACCUCAGAGAUGCUGGACGUCGGACGGGAAGAGGGUCUUCAUCAACAGUGUGUGGAGACGUCAGCUGGGAGUGCUGGUGGUGAACACGGAGACCGGAAAGAUCACGCCCAUUCUCAGUGAAUCCCACACCUGUCUGAGGGUCACUGAUGUUAUUGACAACAGGCUGUUAGUCCUUCACUCCAGCAUCAAUCAACUGCCAUAUUUUAGUAUAUGCAGACUUCCAGAGAGUGGACAAGAAUCUACAGCGGUGUUCCAACCUCUAGAUGACCCCGAGCCAUCUCUGGACAUCAAUUUUGAGGUCCUUAAAUUCCUCCCGACAAAUCGACCUCACCCUAAAGUUGGUACACUUGAAUAUGAAGGUAUUCUAGUCACACCGAAAAACGGCAAAGAUAAACACCCCUUAAUUGUGUUCCCUCAUGGUGGUCCGCAUUCAGUGUUCACUACAGAUUUCAAGCUUUUCCCUGCUGUUUUUACGCUCUCUGGAUUUGCAGUGAUAUACAUUAACUACCGAGGCUCCAUUGGUUACGGAGACAACAGUCUUCGCUCCUUGCCUGGGAAUGUAGGGGACAUGGAUGUGAAAGAUUGUCAGGAAGUUGCUGAGAGUGUUGUGAAAUUAGAUCAAAUAGAUGAAAGUAAAGUAGCUGUGUUUGGUGGAUCCCAUGGAGGAUUUCUAACAACUCAUCUGAUUGGCCAAUAUCCAGAGUUUUACAAAGUAGCUUGUUGUAGAAACCCAGUGACAAAUAUAGCAAGUAUGAUGCCAGAAUCAGACAUUCCAGAUUGGUGCCAUACAGAGAGUGGAUUUGAAUUUACAUAUGAUUCCUUAACAACUGGAGAGAAAUUAACGGAAAUGUGGAAGAAGUCGCCCCUACAAUAUGUAGAUAAGGUACAGGCCCCACUGUUGAUUAUGCUUGGGUUAGAUGAUGCCCGUGUUCCUCCAAAACAGGGUGAGGAAUAUUACAAACAGAUGAAGGCCAGGAACAAAAAAUGCAGGUUGAUUGGGUACAAAGAUAACUGUCAUCCCAUCGACAAAGUGGAGGCCUCGGCGGACGCCUGCAUCAACGUUCUGGACUGGUUCUGGCAACACCUGGACUAGAGUUCACGGAUUCGAUCAUGUGACAGUUUUAAUUACUGUUUAAAACACCCAGUAAAUUCUGUAACGAAGCGUGGUAGCAGCUAAGUAAUAAUGUGUUGUGGUCAAGGCCAAUGAAUAAGCAUUGUAAUCAGGAAAGUAAUUGCUGGAUGAUUGACUUGGAAUCAGGAUUUCCGGAUGAAAAACCCAACACCAGUGAUAAGAGUCUUCAAAUUUAAUGAACCUUUCAGUUAUCGAUCUUAAUUAUAAUUUUCUUAUUUUGAUAAUUCAAUAAUUCUACAGAUAUAAGAUCUUAUGUCAUACUGUCAUUUAAUUUCAUUUUACAUGUAUUGUGUUUUAUUGUUGCUUUUCUCUUCUUACCCUUGUGAACCGCCUUGGAUUAAUUUUGUUUUAUAUAAGGUGCUAUAUAAAUUUUAUUAUGAUUAUUAUUAUAUUGACCAUCGAUAAUGCAUAAUAUUAUUUGUGACAAAUCAAAUAAGGCACUCACAAUGAUUUAAAUGUUGACCUUGCAAUAUGGUAUGUAGUGCAUAUUACAAGGUGCAAGAUAGAUAUUUUUGGGCCCCCCUGAGGGAGCAUUGAAGAGGUACAUACAAAGGAAUAGAUACCUCAGAGAUAGAUUACCAUAUCAAAAUACUUUUACACUCAGCCAUGUUAGUGAUUGAUGAUGAGAAGGGGUUGCAAUAGCACAUAAUGUAUUAUUUUUUAUGACAAUGAGUGAUCAGGGAGUAUUUUGUGAUUUGAAAUAUACCUUCCGAUUUUUCUCCCAAAGUUCUAAUAAUUUACCUCAGUAUGAAAUGUGUAAUAUGCAGUGUUUAAAGUAAUAGUCUACAUUUUAGUCAGAAGAAUUCAUGUUCUAUUUUACAAAUAAACAUAUUUUGCACAAUUGAUAGCAAUUGAAAAUAUGUUUAUUUAUAUCUUUGGAUGUCUUUCAUUACAUUCUGUGUGAUGAAUGCCUGAAUUUUGUGUGUAAUAUCACAGUACUAUUAUGGAUUCUUAGUACAUACAUAUACCACAGUUUUGAUAGUUUUUCCUAGAGAUUCUACAGGAAAUACACCCACCCACCCCCGACUCUUACUGAGCCAUAAAAACCUGUGGCCCUUUUCACAAAACAUCUUGCGAUUAAGAUAAAAAGUUUAAAACACUCUAAUUCUUUUGCAAUUCUUCAAUCACAUAUUUCUAAAUGAGCAAAACUUAGUGUAUACAUAGCAGAAAAACUGGCAUUCUUACUUGGGGCAUAGUUGCACUCAGUUGAAUAUAAGGUAGAUACGAAAAUUUGUUAUCUUAGUUAUAAGUUUUUUUGUGAAAAUGGACACAGCAUUGUAAAUGCUUGGGGUCUACUUUGAUUCAUUACUUGAUGAUUGUGAUGUCACAUCUGUUUACAUCACUAGAUGAUUGUGACUUCACAUCUGUUUACAUCACUAGAUGAUUGUGACAUCAAUAUUAACAGCACUUUUUAUUAUAUUGUGACGUGAAUAUCUGUGUGUAUAUUGAUUAAAGUAAGCAGAACGUGCACCCCUAGAAUUACAAGUACAUAGAAUUUGAGAACAAAGCAAUAAAUAAAUAAUUCACUUGAUAUCAGAGGAAAAAUGCCUGCCACUGAAAUAGUAGUUUCAGAUUUGUGUCUUACGUGGUGAGGUAUGUGUUUUACGUGGUGUGGUAUUUUUGGAUUUGUGUUUUACGUGGUGAGGUAUGUGUUUUACGUGGUGAGGUAUGUGUUUUACGUGGUGAGGUAUGGAGAAAUAUACAACUAAGGAUCAAAAGCAUUUCAGCACUGCUAAUUUUCACUAUAUAAUUCAUUGAAUGAUACAAGUUUUAAAGCACUAUAUAUAAUAAAACUAUUUCUACUACAGCUAUCACUAUAAAAAAUUCACUAAUCAUGCAUAAUCACCUAGAUUUAAUUCUGUCAUUGCUAUUUGUUCUAUAUGUGUUGCAAUUUUUGAACACUCACAAGGAUAAUCAUGUUGUAAGAACUUUAUUUGAACUUAAUCUUAUACAGUUCAUAUUAAUUGGCAUUUUAAAAAAUCUACCUUGUAGUUCAGAAAUUGACCCACAUAAAAUAAUACUAAAAGUAACAUUUGUCAUGAAUCUUGAGUGAACUCUACAUAAUUAUAUAUUCUGAAAAUUUCAAAAUGAUAACAUUAAUUAUCAAAUUUUGGUGAAGUUCUUAAAAUAUGAUUGAAUGUUUUAACGAAUAGGCCUAUAUAUAGCUAUUACAGUGAGAGUUAGCAGUGCGAAAAUACUUUUGACCGUUGAGUGUACAUUACGUAUAAAAUAUAUUUUUAAAACAAAGUAGACUCUCACUCCCACCCCCACCCCCGACCGCUCCUGAAAGGCAGACUAGGCUAAAAUAACAAGGCGAAUAAUAGAUCAAUGUAAAUGCACAUCGAUAUUACGAUCGGGUUCGGAAUUGCAAAAAUUUCAAAAUAUACACAUGUGAAACCCGGCUCAAUGGAGAGUAGCGAUCAAUCGAAUAAGAAACGGUUAGAAGUCGUGGAUUCUGGGUCAUUAGACGAAACAUGUAAGACAUUUGUGUUUCAUAAUGAGGACCACACUUUGGGAAAUUCUCUGAGGUAUAUGAUCAUGAAGAACCCCGGUGUUCAAUUCUGUGGCUACAGUGUUCCUCAUCCGUCAGAAAACAAAAUUAACUUCAGAAUUCAAACUCACGGCGACGAAAGUACGGAGGUGUUGAAGAAAGGACUAAAGGAUCUCAACAGUGUUUGUGAGCACGUGCUGGAGACCUUUCAAUCUAGUGUUCAGGAAUAUAAACGACGCAAUUUCUCAUCAGAUGUUGAAAUGGCUGAUGCUUGAAAAUUGAUUUGUAGUUGCGCAAUAGUUUCUCAGUUUUAUGACAGGCUGUGUGAAAAAUCUGUUUUGUCGAUUAUACAAAUUCCAACAUGUUGCCACUGUGUGUAUAAUGCCAUUAAAACAAGCAACCCAGACAUUUAUUGUUAUAGUAACUGUAAAAGAUGUUGAUUAAUAUCUGAAGUGUUGUAAAAAAAGAAUUAUGAUGAUGUCACAAAUUCCGUUAAUAAUAAUUUUGAAUGUCUGUUCAUGAA